AUGGAUGUCCUAAGCAACGACAAAAGAUGGCUUGUGACUCUUGUUGCCUUAAAUAAAGUCGUAGCUCCAGUUUUACGGGAUAUCGUGAAACAAGGCAUGGACAAGCUGUAUGCUUACUUAGACAAUUACCUUAAUGGCUUACCGACACCUCACAGUCUACAAACACUGACCUACGAUGCUGUAUACCAAUCGGCAUCCACUUCAAGUUUUGCCCCUUCGCUUCAAGGACUAAAAUUUGCAAAUAUUAACAACAAUUCUGAUGUGAAAGGAGACAACAAAAAGUCCCGCUACAACUACAACGUAGACAGCUCAAUUGAUCUUGCCAAGCUUUAUCUUCCAGGCUACUUUGCAGUGUUCUCGGCAUUCGACAAAUCUAUGGAUUUAAGUACCAGUCUAAAACUAUUGGGAUGUAGGGAGUAUCCCAUACAAAUAUUCGCGUCUUCCGAUCCUUGGAAUAUUCAGCCGUUGGCAGAUGAUGUCAGAAAGAUUCGGAAUCGGGGAAGUCAUUUUAAAGAGAGCGACUGGACCCAAAUCUUCUUUGACCAGUGCUUUGACAAGUUAGAGGCUCUGCUCCAAUAUCUGCCCCUGCCUCCCGACAAAAGGAAGAAGCUUUUAGAUCAACUCUCUGCAUACAAAACAGAAGGUUUCGAGCGGAUUGAUGUCAAUGACGUCAAAAAUCAACUGGAAAUGUUCCAAAACGUCAAACUUGCUUCAAUUUAUAAAAAAUUGGACGACAUGCCAACUAGAAAGGAGAACGAAAGAAUGAUGGGAAAGCUGUCUUCCUUUCACACCAGUAUGAUGGCUAGAUUUGAUACAAUGGAAUCCUUACUUUCAAAAGUUCAUCACAAGGUAGACGGUCUCAGCGUCAGUGCUCUAAAUCAAGAAGAUAGCAAGAGAGUGCACUCUACAAAAUCAAGCGUCUUAUCUACAAACGCCACUCCCAAAGAAACCCGCCAGAUGAGGGAAAAGGUCAAAAACCCAGAAUCGAUGUGUAAGCUUCGAGCUAAAAUUGCCAAAUUAUCAAGAAGAACUCUACACAAAGCUGCAAUCAGCGGUCGAUGUGACGUUGUCAAAGUACUUCUUGAAAGUGGUGAAGAUGUGGACCAGACGGAUGAGUUUAAUUUAACGCCUCUUCACCUUGCCGCAUGGUAUGGGCAACGAGCUGUUGUUGAACUCUUGUUACAGCACCGUGCAAAUGUCAAUGCUGUAGAUAGGUUUCAAAAAACAGCGCUACAAAAAGCUGAACGCAACAAUCACCGAGCCAUUAUUGACCUGCUUCUGAGGAAUAACGCGAGUCCUGGUUACAAUCAACCGCCUAGCCUGCUGCUCCUUUCAAGGAAAGCUUUUCUCCAUGUAGAUGUACGAUCCGGCUUCAAUCGACUGCAGGCGGCUGUAUUUCAAGGCGACUUUGACACGCUUUGGAGAGCCAUUCUCUACCUUGGGAACUUUUUCCAAGACAUGAAUUUACAAAUGACAGGAAGCCAAGCAAAGGUAUUUCCUGGAAAAACUGCCUCAGAGAUUCUCUUGGCUCUCCAAGAUAAAGGAAAAGGAAUUAUUGAAAUAGAAGAAAUGUACAAAGUGUUAGUUGAGAGGAACGCUACAUUAGCUGAGCUGCACUUGUGUAACGACAACAAUGACGCGGAGAAGGCUGUCGAGCUUGUUCUAAACGAGGGUGUUGAUAUAGACACACCAGGAAAAAGCAACCGUACGCCUUUGUUGUGGGCAAGUCCAUCAGCCUCUGGUGAGUUUAUCAAGACCCUCGUUGAUCUUGGCGCUAAUGUAAAUGCUCAAAGGACAGAUGACAUGGUUUCACCUUUGCAUUCGGCAGUGCAAAGCAACAAUUACAUGGCCGUUGACAUCCUUUUAAAGCAUGGAGCCGAUGUGGGAUGCGACAUCAAUUUGCGCAACAAAGAAGGCCAAACCGCGCUUUACUUAGCCGUCAAAAAUGAGCACAAAUACAAAGUCAAAUGUUUACUUGAAAGCAAAGCGGAUGUGAACAUGAAAUACAAGGAGAAAGUAAGUGAGAGAAUUUACCUUGUUCGUGGGAAGGACAGAGGAAAACUAGCCUGGCAUUAUGUCCAAGUAGAGAAAGCUCUAUUGCCCUUGUUCUUGAGGCGCACUAACGGUGGUAGUCUUGACGUUGCAGACUUUGGACUCGUCCUCACGAGUGGAUGGGGAAAGGAUCCUCCAGAGAACGUGCGGAAGAAUAUCAAUGAAAUGGGUGCUACCUUUCCUGACACGCAAAGUCAGACAGUUCUUCAUGUUGCCAGCAAAAGUGCUAGUCUCGAGAUUGUAGAUUUGCUUGUGAAACACAAAGCAGAUAUAAACGCCAACGAUGCAGACGGUUUCACACCACUGCAUUUGGCAGCGAUGUAUGGCAACAUUCAAGUUGUUAAAAAACUUGUUGAAAACAACGCCGACGUUAACUUGAAAGUGGAUGGAAAGGAUGCGGCUGACUUGGCUCAAAUGAACGAGGAAACAGAAAUUGAGGAGUAUCUUAAACCAAAAAGAAGCCUUCCCCAAAGAGAUUCGGAAAGUCAGUCAGCGGAAAGUCAACUGCCGGAAAGUCAAUCGGCGGAAAGUCAAUCGGGGAAAAUUCAACCGGCUGGAAGUCAAUCGGUUUUAAAAGAUGCCAUUAAAGGGGCAGGAAAAGGCUUAAAGUACCUUGAACAUGGCUUAAAGUUCCUCGAGGAAAAGUUAGAUUAACUUACGCCGUUCACCAUUAUUUUAGACUUUUCAGCACACGUUUCGUGUUACAUAUAAUUAGCGCAAACAAGGAUUGUUUACAAGGCAAGAUCAUUGUGAAGUUUCAAUUCAUAACCAUAUGGCCCUAUUAUUUACAUCGCCGUGUUACCAAAAACUCAUUUUAUUAAUUUUUUGGAUCAGUUAAUGUUAAUUUGAUUUUUGAAAUUAUUAUUAUUAUUUUUUUUGAAGAAACGUUGAUUGAGAAAGUGGCAGAUGAUCAGCUGUGUGAAAAUUGUGCGGCUAUUCAAUCUUGUUUUGUACAUAUGUGAAAGUUUUGUACCCUAACUAUUUCGCCUGCACAUAUGAUUGAUAUAACAAUCGAUUCACUGGGAAUUUUUCACCACGUAAUAUAGCAAAUAGGGAUUCAAAAAAAUAAUUUUCUUUGUACAGUUUUCAAUCAAUUUGAAGUAGCUUCUAAA